AAAGACAUUAUUAAGCAUUAUUACUAAUUAUUGUUUUAAGGCAUGUGAUUGGGGCAGCCGCGUAAAUCGCUAUGGAAUAUGCACCCCAUGCGAAGCAGACCUGAUCUUGUACGACCGGCUUUAUUUGGGAUUCGUGGCCAUUACCCCAUUUUUGUUGCACCUGUUUUUCAUCGCCGGCUACAGGGCGUAUAAAAGGUCUAAAGCACUGACGAUGGUUCAGCUUCUAUCCGCUGCGCUUGAGACGUUCGUUUCUGCGCUGUCCAGUUUGUUCGUCUUCGACCCAAAAGGAAGCUUCCAGCUGAAGACAUGUGGCGUGGAGUCAGUGGAAGAUUGGUACACAAUGUUCUUGAAUCCCAAUAUUAAUUACACAAUGACGGUGUUCUGUACACAGGAAGCCGUAUAUCCGUUGUACACGCUUCCCUUCGUGUACUACUUCUUUUCGUUGGUCUCCUUAGCUGUGCUGAGGCCAUUGUUAUUACGGGCCUUCAGGCAGCCGCUUUCCGGAGCCUACGAUGCUGUAUUUGCUGCCCUUGAUUUCUACCCUAUACUAGCAGUGACUCACGCCGUGUUCGCCGGUUUGAUAUGUAUGUCGUUGUCAACUAAUGCUUUAGAGGGUUCAAAUAACGGAAAUGUGCAGAUAAUCCUAUCUAAUUACGCAUAUCCGUACCUUAUCCUAUUCUCGACUUUGAUGCUAAAUGCGGCUCAUUUAGCCGCUUACCGCGAACAGACAUUUUGUGGGAUCAUCAAGGAAACCUUCAGAUGUUGGCAGAAUAUUUCUAUGUUAUUACUGUUCUUGUGUUUGUACUGUUACAGCGUUGCUUCGCUGACUGAAUUCACAAAUCCAUUUUUUCAUGGUGGACUACUUGGUUUAAGUCCUAUCCCGAGCUUGUUUUAUGUAUUGACCGUGAGACUCACAAAUCCGAGCAAGAUUGGAGUGAUUCCCGCUUGA